AUGGGCGAGGACAAACACCAUCCUGGGGAAUCGGGAACGAAAACUCAUCCUCAGACCUGCGGAGGGAUCACGCGGCAGUGGAGGGCAGAUAAAAGCCCUUUGGACGAGGGUCACCUCGGUCCUUGUUGUUCACUUGAGAGCAGUGGAGAGGAAAAUGGUCCCCACGGGCGGACUUUGGCUUCUGGAGCCGCGGGGCUCGUCCGUCCGUGCCGCCCAGAGCCUCCGCCUGGUCCUUUCCCCGGACAUUCAGAAGGAAGAAUUACCCUCCUCACCCUUCCCCCGCCUCCCCACACCCAUCCUCCCUCGCCCGCCGGCCCCUUUCCGCACCUCCUUUUCCCUUUAAGUGAGAAAAACCUAGUUCCCGAGCCAGCGGAGUCGGUCCCCUCGCCCCUCCCGCUCCCAUGCCGGUGCCCCCCUCCAGCCAUCUCUACUGCCACCACCUCGGUUCCACUCAAUCGAUUUUUGCUGCAUGUCAACAUUUAUUACCGUUUCUCUGACAGGGGGGAAAAAAAUCCCGCCUGCGAAUUCUGGGCUGUAGCUCCCGGAACGAAACUUCCCUCAUCAGCCCGGAGCCUCCUUCCCCCCUGCAGCACUGCCGGCCGGUCAACCGCCCAGCGCCAGGGGAUUGCAGCCUGGACAGCUGACCGGGACCUUCUGGACCUCUGGAUUCCGUGGGGGCCAAGCGGCCCAGCCCUUAGAAAGACCCGCGGUGACCUCACUCCAGCUGAACAUGCCCCCAAGGGCGGCUUCGCCGUGGGCCUCACUGGCUGCCCGCACUGUGGCUCGGGCACGACACAAUCCUCCCCUUUUCUAUUGACCACAACAGCUGCUUUAUCUUAAUGUUCAUUUUUUUUGGCCGGCGACGUGGGAGAAGGGAGGGGGCAAGACUUGCCGCCUCUCACUACCCUGAUGGUAUUUUCAGAGGGACCCAGAGAAGCGGUGUCCCAGAGGGCAACCUACGCACUCCGGGGUACUUCUCUCGGGUCUCCGCUAUGGUGUGUGCGCGUCCCUCCGGACAACAAAACCGGAAUCUGAUCCGCAGCUGCCGCCGUGCGCCCAA